GAGGAGGACAAAUUAGACUCCGCCGGUGCAGGUACAUCAGAGGUGGGCAUGGCGAGGAGGUGGGGUCGCUGCUCUCCUCCUGCCCGGAGCAGAAAGCCGCGGUAGAUCAGCCCCAGAGCGGAAACAAAGAGGUGCGGGGAGCCGGUGAGGACCGCUUGCUGAAAGAAGAAGUUGAAGGAUUGUGAGCACUGAACAGCGCAUGGUGUACCGACAUGCACCCUGAUAUCCGUCUCUCCCUACUCUUCACGCUGCUGCUUCUUCAAGUCCAGCAGGGCACAUCGGUGCAGGAGAUCCAAACCAGCCAUGAAAACAUCGUAAAGAUCAACUCAGCAGGAGAAACGAUGCAGUGCUCAGCAGCCAUGGAUGUCCUCUUCCUCAUGGAUGGUUCUUACAGCGUGGGGAAGGGCAGCUUUGAGAGGUCCAAACACUACGCAAUCAAACUUUGUCAAGCACUAGACAUUGGACCAGACAAGGUGCGAGUCGGCGUGAUUCAGUUUGGUUCCACUCCUCGGCUGGAAUUUGCCUUGGACUCAUACACCACCAAACAAGAGCUGAAGAAGCACGUGAAGAAGAUUUCUUACAGAACUCCCAGGGGAGGUGGCACCCAGACAAGCCUGGCUCUAAAGUACGUGCUGAGGAAGGGUUUCCCAGGCGGCCGUAACUCCUCCACUGCGGCCCGGAUUGCCAUCCUCUUAUCAGAUGGGAAGUCUCAGGGCAACACAGUGCAGGUGGCUGCACAGCUCAAAGAGACAGGUGUGGUUUUGUUUGCUGUGGGCCUUCGCUACCCCAGGUGGGAGGAGCUACAUGCUUUGGCCAGUGAACCAAUAGAGAGCCAUGUGUUCUUCGCUGAGCAUUUCUACGAUGCUGUGAAUGGCCUGUACACCACACUGACCGCCUUCUCGAUCUGCAAUGCUACACCUGCAGGCUGUCAGGUGGAGUUGUUUCCCUGUGAGAGGAAGACACUGGAGACAGUGAAAGAGCUGCAGGGGAAUUUCAUGUGUUGGAAAGGCUCCAAGGGUUAUUCCCCGUACACAUCUCUCUGUCCGUACUACAGGUACAACAAGGUGUACAAGAGACACCGGACAGUCUGCCAUCGGACUAUCUGUCCAGAUCCCUGUGACUCUCAGCCCUGUCUGAAUGGUGGAACAUGUGUAUCAGAAGGUCCAGAGGGUUACCACUGCGUAUGUCCACCUGGCUAUGGAGGAGACCCACACUGUGCUCCUGCAUUAUCACUGGACUGCUCUGUAGACUUACUGUUCCUGGUGGAGGGCUCUGCCACGCUCACCUUGGAAGGCUUCCUUCGCCUCAAGUCCUUCUUAAAGCGCUUCCUGCAGACUGUGAUUGGGUCGGAUAGUCCCAGUAAAGUCGGCCUGGCAGUGUUUGGUGGAGAGGCCAGAGUCGAGGCCCAGGUGGGCAAGUUCAAAGGGGACCUGAGGGGUCUGCUUAAGGCUGUGGAGGCACUUCAACCAAUCGGCGGCGAGACCCGGACAGGCCAGGCACUUCGCUACGUCACACGUCACGGCUUCGUGAGCACGCCGGUCUUUGCAGACGUGGCGGACGAUCUGCCCCGCGUGGUGGUGCUGCUCACUGCCACUCCUGCGGUUGACGACGUGAUAGAGCCCUCUAAAUACGCACGAGACAGAGAGAUCUUUCUGAUAGGGGUGGGACCAGACUACUUAAAGGGACAACUGAAUAAUAUCACAGGAAAUCCCCAGAGGACAAUCACCUACACAUCACCUGAGUUCAGUGCCAAGAUCCCUGAACUCAAGGCUAAGAUCUGCAGUGUGGAUACACAAGGUUGUCUGGGACAAGCAGUAGACCUGGUGUUUGCCCUGGAUGCCUCAGGUGGCGUCGGCCGUGAUAACUUUGCCACCCUGCGCGACUUUGUGCGCAGCCUCACCGUCCAGUUCGACAUCAACCGCGAUGUGGCUCAAGUGGCACUUGUGGCCUUCAGUCGGAGAGCCACCACCGUCUUCAGCCUGGACACCCAUGAGACCGGCUCUGCCAUCCUCAAGGCUGUAGGUGACACCAGCUACAUGGGUGGAGUGGCUUCAACGGGCGCAGCUUUACUUCACAUCCACUCCAACGUCCUGACAGUGGCCAAAGGCGCACGGCCCGGAGUCAACAAGGCUGUGGUGGUGGUGACGGAUGGUUCAGGCGGGGAUGACGCUGUUGUUCCAGCUCAAAAGAUAAGAGACAAUGGAGUUUCCCUGUUUGUGAUCGGUAUUGGAGAUGUACAGAGUGAAGGGCUGCUGCAGAUUGCUGGUUCAGAGGAGCACAUGAUCUCUGUGCCAUCUUACGAGGAUCUCAAGUACUUUGAGGAUGUGCUGGUACAGAUGCUGUGUUCAGAGGCUAAAAUGCCGGUAAACCUGUGCAAGCCCAACCCAUGUAUGAAUGAUGGGAUCUGCAUCCUGACCGGAGGGAGCUUCCGUUGUCAGUGCCAAGGCUAUGAAGGACCACACUGUGAAACAAGAAGCAGCAGGCCUUCAUCCAGAGGAGAUCUUCCGAGGCCUGUUGGUCUCAGGAAGAAGAGCAGGCAGAAGAAGAGCCACCAAGAGCUCCUGCAUCACUACAAACUGCACCGCAGGAGACAUGCUGCCUGAUACACCAUGCACACAUAAGCACAUGCUGUACACAAAAACAAGUCACUUAUGGACACUAAAGAACCAAGGAUGUUUGCAGGUACACAAUGGAGUAAAGGGAAAACUAAUGUUACUGUUUCAAUAUUUAAACUUGCACUCGAACUUCAACAAGUGCCUUCAAACUAUAUGUAUUUCUACUGCAGUGUCCAUUUGUGUCCUAGUUUGUUUUUGUUGGAUUUGUCAGCCAUCACUGUACUCACUGUUGUGCAGUUGUCUCAACAUGGUUCUCUUGUCCAUUCAAAGAUGUAGACUUUUAUAUUAUAGUGUAUAUCUAUGUCAUGAUUUUAUUUUUAUGUAUAAUCACCACAACCUUUUUUCCUCCUUCCAACCAAGACAAAAACAUCAAAUUUGUUCCAAGAAAUGCUUUAUACCAAGUGCCAAAUAUAAUAUUUUGACAUUCUUCUUUACAAUAGGCCCUUCCUAAAUUCACUCAACUGAUUGUAGUUUGUUAGAUGUUAAAAAGAUGAUUGUUUAUUCUCACUAAUGAACAAAAUUAUUUUAUAAAUAUAUGUGUAUAUAUGUAUUUCCUAUUAAUUAUAUUAGUGCUGUAUAACACUUAGAAAAUAUGGCUGGUUUUGUACUUAAACUUAUCCUGUACUCUACUAAUACCAGUUUUGGGGAAAAGAGAAAAAACUGCAUAAUGUAUGAUUUGUCAAUCCAACUUUAGUAAAAAGUGUCUAUAUUUAAACAGUAUAAUUGUUCCAAAUUGUACAUUUGAAAGGGCUAGUCAUUUAAAUUAAUUUAAUUUAAAAUGUAAACGCUUUGAACCUUCAAAAACGUUUUCCAGACGAACAUCGUAUUAUCAAAUGACUCCCCUUCAUGAAUGCUUUAUUACUUCAUUAAUGAGAAGUGACUGAGUUGACUGUAAUUACCCUGUUAAAUUUUAAUGCUGCAGGCUUACAGUGUCCUUUGCAUUGUUACUACAGUGAACCUUGAGUCCAUUUUCAGCAGACAAGCUGGACUGACAGAUGUAACGUUAAAGGCUAAAGGAGACAUUUUCAUAAACAAAUUUAAAGCCAGUAUUGUCAGUACAUUUUUAUUUGAAUAAAAAGUGCAUUUUUAGCUAGCAAUACAAGCCAAAAGGCUGAAUAAUGGUGUAAAUAUAUUUACAUCUUGGCUAUCAGCAUAUAUGAACCAAGCAAUCUGGAGUGUACAAAAUGGCCAAUUUUCUGUCUUAAACUAAAGUGGUUUUCAAAUGUU